UUUAUUUUUGUUUCGUUACUUUUUCUGAUGUAGUUCGAAAUUUCCGAUUCUAAUGAAGAGAUAUGAAUUAUUUCAGGCAAAUGAACCGUUUGAUAGUCAAUGCUGAUUGUAUUUUGAAAUUUGCAAAAACCUCUGAAUCAUUUCGAUAUAAAAAGUUCAUCAAUUAUUCAACUAUGAAGUCCUUUGAGAAGAUGCAGAAAUUGGAAAAACUGAAAUUCUCUACGGAAAAUAUUACCAGGUCACCAACGUCAUCAAUACCCAAUCCUUUUUCGGAAGCGGAAAAUGAGGAAUUUAUGGCAUAUUUUCCAGAAAUCGUUGAAGUUCUGACAAAGGUAUCACCUUGUUGCGGAGUUCCAGAGCUGCAGAAGCAACUCUCAUUAACUUUGAAAUACAAUUUAGAUCUCGGAACGAAAGCCAGAGGUAUAGCCACCGUAGUCGCAUAUAAAGCAUUGGAGAAAAUUGAAAAUCUUUCACCGAAAAAUAUUAAGCUAGCUAUGAUGCUUGGGUGGUGUGUAAGAAUGGUUGAAUCAUAUAUGAUCAUGUUUGAUGAUAUAGUUGAUAAUUCAUGGACUCGGGGAGGAAAACUCUGCUGGUUCAGAAAAAAUAAUGUCGGGAUGAGGGCAAUCAUUGACGGUGUUUACUUGGAAAAUGGUGUUUACUACGUUCUGAAGAAGUACUUGUCCUCUCAUCCUCAAUACCUUAACCUUCUAGAGCUCUUUCUGGAAUCUAAUUUCAUGACAACUAUUGGGCAAUCUUUGGAUAUGAUGCCCAGGAGUCUGGAAGAUUUCACAAUUGCUAACUAUAAUACAUUGACCGUUGGUAAGGCUGAAUAUAUGGCGCUGUAUACCCCAGUAGCGUCAGCCAUGUUUUUAGCGAACAUUUCCGAGAAGGAAAUUCACCACCAAGUCAAGUCACUUUUGUCAUCUAUUGGAACCUACUGUCAAAUACAGAAUGAUUUUUAUGACUGUUAUGGGAAUCCUGAACACACUGGCAAAAUUGGAUCCGACAUUAAAGAAGGUAAAUUUUCAUGGCUAGCAGUGAAAACCCUUGAGAAAGCCAGCAACAGUCAAAAAACUUUAAUGAAAGAAAACUAUGGAAAAGAUAAUGAUGAGUCAUUUCAAAUUAUUCGUGAUCUCUACGAUGAUAUGGAUUUAAUAAAAGAGUAUAGACGGUAUGAGGAACAAACAUACAAUGACAUUCAAUUCAGAAUUUCUCAGCUACCCAAGUGUUUGCCUCAUGAUUUAUUUUAUCUGCUUCUUGAUAAGAUAUAUAAUGAUAAAUGGUCAGUUUAGGACGAUACUAUCAAAUAUACAUACUUUAUUAGAUUAUUUCAAUACCUCUUUUCUAGAAAUUUCUAAAUCUAUCAGUUAAUAUCCUUUCCUGUCUAAAUUUUUUCUAAGAAUCUUGUAUCCAUAUCAAUAAAUAUUGAUAAACUGUAGACCAGUUCAUUGACAGAAACAUUGAAAUGUAUUAUAGCGGAAUGUGAGUAUAUUGAAAUGAUAAAUCA